AUGGAGCAGCGGCUGCGCGCGCUGGAGCAGCUGGUGCGGGGCGAGGGCGGCGGCGGCGGCGGCCCGGGGCUCGACGGCCUCCUCGAUCUGCUGCUGGCGCUGCACCACGAGCUCAGCAGCGCCCCCCUGCGCCGGGAGCGCAACGUGGCGCAGUUUCUGAACUGGGCCAGCCCCUUCGUGACAAAAGUGAAAGAGCUACGUCUGCAGAGAGAUGACUUUGAGAUCUUGAAGGUGAUCGGCAGAGGGGCCUUUGGGGAGGUUGCCGUGGUGAGGCAGAGGGACAGUGGCCAGAUUUUUGCCAUGAAGAUGCUGCAUAAAUGGGAGAUGUUGAAGAGGGCUGAGACGGCCUGUUUCCGGGAGGAGCGAGAUGUUCUGGUGAAGGGAGACAGCCGGUGGGUGACUGCUCUGCAUUAUGCCUUCCAAGAUGAAGAGUAUCUGUACCUGGUGAUGGACUAUUACGCUGGCGGGGACCUCCUCACACUGCUGAGCCGCUUUGAGGAUCGCCUCCCCCCCGAGCUGGCCCAGUUCUACCUGGCUGAGAUGGUGCUGGCCAUCCAUUCGCUGCAUCAACUGGGCUAUGUGCACAGGGAUAUCAAGCCAGAUAAUAUCUUGCUGGACAUGAAUGGUCACAUCCGCCUGGCUGACUUUGGCUCCUGCCUGCGUCUCAACAACAGUGGCAUGGUGGAUUCAUCGGUAGCAGUAGGGACCCCAGACUACAUCUCCCCUGAGAUCCUGCAGGCCAUGGAGGAGGGCAAGGGACACUAUGGCCCACAGUGUGACUGGUGGUCACUGGGAGUCUGUGCCUAUGAGCUGCUCUUCGGGGAAACACCCUUCUAUGCGGAAUCCUUGGUGGAAACCUACGGCAAGAUCAUGAACCAUGAGGACCACUUGCAGUUUCCCUCGGAUGUGCCUGAUGUGCCAGCCAGUGCCCAGGACCUGAUUCGUCAGCUACUGUGCCGCCAGGAGGAGCGACUAGGCUGUGGUGGGCUGGAUGACUUCCGGAAUCACCCCUUCUUCGAAGGUGUGGAUUGGGAGCGACUGGCGACCACCACAGCUCCCUACAUCCCUGAGCUCCGUGGACCCAUGGACACCUCCAACUUUGAUGUGGACGAUGACACCCUCAACCAUCCAGAGACCCUGCCACCACCCUCCCAUGGGGCCUUCGCAGGCCACCACUUGCCAUUUGUAGGCUUCACCUAUACCUCGGGCAGCCCCAGUCCUGAAAAGAGUACUGAGUUGGUGGCUGCCCUGGAGAGGAAGUUGCAAAUUAAGGAGCCAGAGAAAGUGGAGCUGAGCUGGAAGUGCCAAGAGGCUCUUCACAGCCCCUCGGAGCCCCAGGAGCUGGUGUGGCUGCAGAAGGAAGUGCAGACUCUGCAAGAAAGGCUGGCAGACAUGCUGAGGGACAGCAAGGCCUCCUUGUCACACACCGGUGGCCUCCCUGCCGGGAACCCAGGUCCAGACAGUGACCUACAGCGGGAGAAGGACCGACUCCAGCAGGAGCUGGCUGAAGUCCAGGCAGCGCUGCAGGUGCAGUCUUGGGACCUGUGCAGAGCCCAGGGCCGGCAGGAGGAGAUGCUGCAAAGGCUGCAUGAGGCCCAGGAGAGAGAGGCAACCACAGCCAGGCAGAUCCAGGCCCUGAACUCCCAGCUGGCAGAAGCCCAGGAUACCCAGAGGGAGCUGGAGGGCCAGGUGGCUACUCUGAGUCAAGAGGUGACAUGGCUCCAGGAACAAUGCAAGCAAAACCUCGAGAAAGAGUCUUCUGUGACCAAGACUGUCUGCACUGCCUCUGAGACCAAUGGCACAGAAACGCCUGACUGUGGCCCUCAGGAGGCCCAGCUGAGGAAGGAAGUGGCCACUCUGAGGGAGCAGCUGGAGCAGGCCUGCAGCCGUGGGAUCACCGGUGGGAAGGAUGAGGCUCUAUUCCGGCUUCGAGAGGAGAACCAACGGCUGAGCCAGGAGCAGGAGCGGCUGGCAGAAGAGUUGGAGAUGGAGCUGCAGAGCAAGCAGCGGCUGGAGGGCGAGCGUCGGGAAACUGAGAGUAACUGGGAGGCCCAGAUUGCAGACAUCCUCAGCUGGGUGAAUGAUGAGAAGGUCUCAAGAGGCUACCUGCAGGCCUUAGCCACCAAAAUGGCCGAGGAGUUGGAGUCCUUGCGGAACGUGGGCACCCAGACACUUCCCACUCGGCCUCUGGACCACCAGUGGAAAGCACGGCGGCUGCAGAAGAUGGAGGCCUCAGCCCGGCUGGAGCUGCAGUCGGCUCUGGAGGCUGAGAUCCGCGCCAAGCAGGGUCUCCAGGAGCAACUCAUGCAGGUGCAGGAGGCUCAGCUGCAGACCAAGCGCUGCCUGCAGGAGGCUGAGAAACAGAGCCAAGCUCUGCAGCAGGAGGUCGCUGAGCUGCGGGAGGAGCUUCGAACCCGUGGGCCAGGUGAAACCAGGUCUUCCACCUCACUCAUCCCCUUCCUGUCCUUCUGGAACACAGAGAAGGAUUCUUCCAAGGAUCCUGGCAGCUCGGGGGAACCCGCAAGGCCUGGAGCAGAGCCAGAGCUGAGGCCAGAGGGCCGCCGCAGUCUGCGCAUGGGGACUGUGCUCCCCAGAGUGCCUGCUGCCACCACUGCCCCUGUAGAAGGUCCUCCUGCCAAGCCGGGCUCACACUCAUUGCGCCCCCGAAGCUUCUCAUCCCCCACCAAGUGCCUCCGCUGCACCUCACUGAUGCUAGGCCUGGGUCGCCAGGGCCUCGGUUGUGAUGCCUGUGGCUACUUCUGUCACUCAGCCUGUGCCCCACAGGCCCCACCCUGCCCUGUGCCCCCUGACCUCCUCCACACAGCCCUGGGGGUGCACCCUGAAACAGGCACAGGCACUGCCUACGAGGGCUACCUGUCGGUGCCACGACCCUCGGGCGUCCGGCGGGGCUGGCAGCGUGUGUACGCUGCCCUCAGUGACUCCCGCCUGCUGCUGUUUGACGCCCCCGACCCACGUGGCAGCCUGGCCAGUGGGGUCCUCCUUCAGGUUUUGGAUCUGAGGGAUCCCCAGUUCUCAGCCUCUCCUGUCCUGGCCUCAGAUGUUAUCCAUGCCCAAUCCAAGGACCUGCCACGCAUCUUUAGGGUGACAGCAUCCCAGCUGAUGGUGCCUCCGACCACGUGCACCGUGCUGCUGCUGGCGGAGAGCGAGGCGGAGCGGGAGCGUUGGCUGCAGGUUCUGGGCGAGCUGCAGCGGCUGCUGCUGGAUGCACGGCCGAGGCCCCGGCCUGUGUACACACUCAAGGAGGCCUACGACAAUGGUCUGCCACUGCUCCUCCAUACGCUCUGUGCCGCUGUCAUCGACCAGGAACGGCUGGCCUUGGGCACUGAGGAGGGGCUGUUUGUGAUCCACCUGCACAGCAAUGACAUCUUCCAGGUGGGAGAGUGCCGCAGGGUGCAGAGGUUGGCAGUGAGCCCUGCUGCCGGCCUGCUGGUUGUCUUGUGUGGCCGAGGCCCCAGCGUGCGCCUCUUUGCUUUGGCCGAACUGGAGAAUGCGGAGGCGGUGGGCGUCAAGAUCCCUGAAUCCCGGGGCUGCCAAGCACUGACAGCUGGGCUCAUCCUGCAGGCCCGCACCCCUGUGCUCUGUGUGGCCGUCAAGCGCCAAGUGCUGUGCUACCAGCUGGGCCCAGGACCAGGGCCCUGGCAGCGCCGCAUCCGGGAGCUGCAGGCACCCGCACCUGUGCAGAGCCUGGGUCUGCUGGGUGACCGGCUUUGUGUGGGUGCCGGAGGCACCUUUGCACUCUACCCACUGCUCAAUGAGGCUGCACCUUUAGCACUGGGGACUGGCCUGGUGCCCGAGGACCUACCACCAUCCCGCGGGGGCCUAGGUGAGGCACUGGGCACCGUGGAGCUCAGCCUCAGUGAGCUCCUGCUGCUCUUCGCCACUGCUGGUGUCUACGUGGAUGGCACUGGCCGUAGGUCACGCAGCCACGAGCUGCUGUGGCCAGCUGCACCCACAGGCUGGGGUUAUGCAGCGCCCUACCUGACAGUAUUCAGUGAAAACUCCAUCGAUGUGUUUGACGUGAGGAAAGCGGAAUGGGUGCAAACUGUGCCACUCAAGAAGGUGCGGCCCCUGAAUCCAGAAGGCUCCCUAUUUCUCUUUGGCACGGAGAAGGUCCGCCUGACCUAUCUCAGGCACCUGCUGGCAGAGAAGGACGAGUUUGACAUCCCCGACCUCACGGACAACAGCCGGCGCCAGCUGUUCCGCACCAAGAGCAAGCGCCGCUUCUUCUUCCGGGUGUCGGAAGAUCAGCGACAGCAGCAGCGCAGGGAGAUGCUGAAGGAUCCUAUUGCGCGUUCCAAGCUCAUCUCAUCACCCACCAACUUCAACCACUUGGUGCACGUGGGCCCUACUGACGGGAAACCUCGGGCUCCGCGACAAAAGAGCCGAAGUGGCCGCGGCUCUGGUCCACCGCGGCCUCACAGCUUCUCAGAGGCACUUCGGCGUCCAGCGUCCAUGGGCAGUGAUGGCCGCUCUGGAGAAACAGACCCUACAGUGAAGAGGAAACCUUGGACAUCUCUGUCCAGUGAAUCAGUGUCCUGCCCUCAGGAGUCCCUGAGCCCUGCACCAUCCCUGACCCAGGUCUCAGAGAGGCCCCGAAGCCUCCCUCCAGCCCCUGAGCCAGAGAGCUUCCCCUGACUCCCUCUGGCAGUGCCCACCCCAACCCAGGACAGAAGCAAUGAGGAAUGCCAUACUCGGGCUGGUCCCGGACACAUGGAAAUUUGGACUCAGGGAGGGUAUGAGUGGAGCACUGGAAGAGAGGCUUGCCUGGGUCCCCAGGACUAAGGAUCCUGACUUCCUGUCCUCAUCUCCCCUUUACCCUGUACUCCCUGCCUGGUCCUAUGCGGACUGCUGAGAGUGCCAUGGCCCUGGUGCCCAGGGGUGAUUGUGCCAAAGCUAUUCUUUGCAAUGCCAAGCCCUCAAAAGCUUGUAGGAGUCAGGAUGAGGGCUAGAGGACGAGUCCCUGGGAGCACACUGGGCAUCUUGUCUGUGCAGUGUGCCCCCAGCUGAGACCAAGAUAAGGAGUAUUGGGGUUUCUGCUCAGGGUUGGGCUGGUAAAGGCAGGUUCUAGUUCAGUAGUUGAGAGGAAAGGAGAGGAAAAGUGCAGGUGAGGGAGGUAAGAGGCAAGGAGGAGAAGGAAGCAGAGGAGGCAGUGGUGUAACAGGAAAUGAAAGCUAACCAGAGGGGGAAAGGGGGGUUAAAAGGAGCAAAGAAGCAGCAGCUGAAGAGGAGGAGACUGGAGAGAGAAAGGGAAAGGAUGAAAGAGAGAGAACAGUGGGAGAACCCAGAUCCAGAGGCCUCUCUCAGAGACAGGAUUGGGAGCAGGACCGUCGCCAGCUAAUCCGCCCAAGGGAAGAUAGUUCCUAGACAGGGAAGGGAUGGGAGGGUAUUUAUAAGGGCUUCUCUGUGGGAGAUGGACACCCUGUGGGGGCUGCUGGAAGAGCUCCAGGUACACUUUGGCUCUUCCCAGCAAAGGGGGUCCUUUUUCUUGAAGCUUCAACUAACUGUAUUAGGGGAGCAUGGGGGACGUUUUAUUAUUGACCACAGUCUUUAUUAUUAUUAUUAUUAUUAUUAUUAUAUUACUAUUUUUAUUAAAUCUCCCCCUCCUAAAGUGUGGGAGGUAAAAUAAGUAUUUAUCUCAAAUACCACAUUCCCGGGAGGGAUAGACCCUGAUGCUCUAUGAUGCAGGAAGAAACCAAUAAAGACAACUUUAUAAGCU